GUGAGGCCGCGGGUUCGAGUCCCGGCCUGGGCGGCCAUGGCGCGGCGGGUCGUGCUCUCCGGCCUCGGCGGGGUCCUCCUGGAGCCGAGCCUGCAGCAGUGCCUGGAAUCCUGCGAGCGGGAAUUCGGCCUUCCCAGGAAUUUCCUGCGGAACGCGCUGUUUUCCGGGGGGUCCCGAAGCCCGUAUUCCCAAAUCCUGAGGGGAGAGAUCACCCUGAGCCAGCUGUGCUCGGAGGUGGACGAGGGCUGCAGGAGAGAGGCCUCAUCCUCGGGAAUGGCCCUUCCCGCCUCCUUCUCCGUGGGAAGAGCGUUCCAGGCCCUGGUGGAGCAGGAAAGGAGCCGGGAGAGCUUCCCGAGGGCGGCGGCGGCGCUGAGGGACAGCGGAUUCCGGACCUGCCUCCUGGCCAGCCCGCGGCCGGAGGACGGCGCGGGGCGGCUCCGUCGGGAAUUCCCGGCGGGGCUGGAAUUCUGCCGGCUCGGGAAGCACCAACCGGAGCCAGGGAUUUAUUCCCACACCCCGCGGGCCCGGCCGGACCAGGUGCCCACCACCAGAAUUCCCAAAAAAAAAAAAACAACCCCACCCCUUGGGAUAUUCCCGGGUGGGGAUUCCCUCCAUCCCCUGGGAUUCCUGAGGGAGCUCCAGUGGCUCGAAGGGCUCCAGCUCCUAAGCCGGGAGAGAGCCGAUCCCGACUCGCUGAUCCGUCCGCGCCGCCUACGGAUACGUCCGGAUCCGCCCGGGGUGCAGCUGCACUUCGUGGAGCUGGGCCAGGGCCCCCCCGUGCUGCUGUGCCACGGAUUCCCGGAAUCCUGGAGAUCCUGGCGCUUCCAGAUCCCGGCCCUGGCCAAUGCCGGAUUCCGGGACGCCCUGGAGAUGAAGGGAUAUGGAGCCGCCGCCUCUCCCGCAGAUAUCCCGGAAUAUUCCCAGGAGCAGAUCUGGAAUUGCCUGGUGGUGCCGGGGACACGAGCAGCGGGCCAAUGGAACAUGGCCCUGACACACCCGGAACGGGUCAGGGCUGUGGCCUCUCUGAACACUCCGUACCGGCCGGCCCGGCCCGGGGUGGAUAUCAUGGAGAAGAUGAAAUCCCAGCCCACCCUGGAAUAUCAGCUCUACUUCCAGGAGCCUGGCGUGGCGGAGGCGGAGCUGGAGCGGGACAUCGGCCGGACACUCAAAAUCCUCAUCCGCUCCGCGCGCCCGGAGGAUCGCCUGCCCUGUGACCUCAAAUUCCAGGGGGUCCUGGAGAGAGGGGGGCUCCUGGUGGGAUUCCCGGAGGAUCCCCCUCCCAGCCAGAUCCUGCCGGGCCCCGAGCUGGAAUUUUACAUCCAGACCUUCCGGAAAUCCGGAUUCAGGGGUCCCCUGAACUGGUACAGGAACAUCGUCCCCAACUGGCUCUGGGCUCUCUCCUUCAGGGACAGGAAGGUGUCGCAGCAGGCGCUGAUGGUGACGGCCGGCAAGGACCCCGUCCUGCAUCCCAAACUCAGCCAGGGCAUGGAGACAUGGGUCCCGCGGCUGUGCCGGGAGCACCUGGAGCAGUGCGGGCACUGGACCCAGAUGGAAAGGCCGGCGGAGGUGAACAGGAUCCUGCUGGAGUGGCUGGAAGGGCUCCCCCCGGACACUCCUUUUCCCGGGAAUUCCAGGCUCUGACCGGGAGAAUUUUCCGGCUCCCGCUCCCCUCGGCCCUUCUGCCGGCACUGAGGGCUUGGAUUGCGGCCUCUGGGAUGGGAUUUGUGCCUUUGGAUUUGGAUUUGGGCCUUUGGGAUCGGAAUUAGGGUGGGAUUUGGGCCUUUGGGAUCGGAAUUAGGGUGGGAUUUGUGCCUUUGGGAUCGGAAUUAGGGUGGGAUUUGGGCCUUUGGGAUCGGAAUUAGGGUGGGAUUUGGGCCUUUGGGAUGGGAUUUGUGCCUUUGGAAUGGGAUUUGUGCCUUUGGGUUGGGAUUGGGUUUGGAUUUGGGCCUUUGGGAUGGGAUUUGUGCCUUUGGAACUAAAUUUGUGCCUCUGGAAUUGGAUUUGUGCCUCUGGGAUCGGAAUUAGGGUGGGAUUUGGGCCUUUGGGGUUUGAAUUUGGGUUGGAUUUGUGCCUCUGGAAUGGGAUUUGUGCCUCUGGAAUGGGAUUGGUGCCUUUGGGGUUGGAAUUGGGGUUGGAUUUGUGCCUCUGGAAUGGGAUUGGUGCCUUUGGGGUUGGGAUUGGGGUUGGAUUUGUGCCUUUGGAAUGGGAUUGGUGCCUUUGGAAUUUUAUUUUCUCCUCUGGGGAGGAAUUUUUUUCCUUUGGGGUUGGAAUUUUUUCCUUGGGGGGUGGAAUUUUUUUCUCCUCCAGACUUCGAUUUCCUUCCUCCUUGGAGCCGAAAUCUGGGAAUUCUCGGGGGUUGGGAAGAAGUGGCCGGAUGAGCCGGAGCCGGGAAGAGCUCCCUAAAAACAGAAAAGGGGGGGAUUUGUGGGAA